UAAUAACGAAAAUCGUAAAUCUGUUUAGUUUUACAAGUAAAAACCAAUAUUUUUAUGAUUUAUAUAUGCACUGUAGAAUAGAAAAGUUGGUACUCGACCUCUAUUUUGUCUUACCCUUCACGCGACGAGGGAAAUGAUUUAAUUUGUUCCACUUUCAUACAAGAAAUCGGUGAGUGGUAAAUGUUAAAAGUAGCUGAACUGGUUUUAUGAGGAUAAGCCAUAAUCUGCAAGUUCAACAAUGGCAGAUGAGCAGCAAUUCUGUCUACGCUGGAAUAACUUCCAGAUGAACAUAACAUCCCAGUUUGAGGCAUUACGUGAUGAAGAAGACUUUGUGGAUGUGACAUUGGCUUGUGAGGGACAGCGUCUAAAAGCACAUAAAGUUGUAUUAUCAGCUUGUAGUCCUUACUUCAAGGAACUUUUCAAGAGUAAUCCUUGCAAACAUCCUAUAUUGUUCAUGCGUGAUGUGGAAUUCAGACAUUUGAAGUCUCUGGUAGAGUUCAUGUAUGCUGGAGAGGUCAAUGUUGCACAGGCACAGUUAUCAGCAUUCCUUAGAACUGCAGAAUCACUACAAAUACGUGGACUCACAGAAGCACCACAGAGGCAUUCAAGGUUUGAUGGAGCAACAUCAGAUACUGGACACAGCCGGCGUGGUACACGCAGUGGCAUUCCGACUUCACCUAUAGCAGGAGCUCCAGAAGAAGAUGAUAUCCUGAGCCUAAGCCCUCCUGCCUCCCCAUCUCCUCCUGCCAAACGCCCAUGUACAGCUCCAGAUCCAGCAAAUAUCAAGAGAGAAGCUCCAGAUAUUGUUGAGCCAAAACUGGAAGUCCCUGACUAUAGCAGUGAUGGAGAAAGCAGAACAGAAAGUGGAAAUGGAGCUCAUUAUGGUGGAAUAGAAAAUCCUCUUGAUGCGAAAUCAGCAUAUGCAACUGGAGGACUACAAGGUGGAAUGGAGAUGAUUCCUGGAACAUCCGCUGCACACAAUUUCCUCUCAGACGUGUCAACACUGCCACAGGAGCCAGCUUCACAAGCAGCUGACCACCGCAAACUGCACUCCCUGGACCCGCGGCCGUGCCCCAUCUGCUACCGCAUGUACAGUAACCUGUCGAACCUGCGCCAGCACCUGCGCCUCAUCCACAACCCCCAGACCGUGGCGUGCCCCCUGUGUAGCAAGCCGUUCAAGACAAAGCUGUACCUCAAGCGUCAUCUCAUGAGUUUCCACGAGCUGCUGUGUGGACCACCGAAACAACAGCAGCAGCCUCCACCACAUGCUGUUCCUGCUACUGCAGCCAGCUCUGGUCUAGACUUCUUCCCUCCGCCACCACAGGUUGUUUUGUCUGAAGAGAAAGAGGAGUUUAUUGGGGCCAAUGGAGGUGGUGGUGGUGGUGGUGGUGGUGGUGGUGGUAGUAGUAGUGCAUCCAACUUUCGUGCACCACCACCUCCAUUUGCCUCCCAGGACUCUACUGUUUUUUCUGUUGCUCCCACAGCCAACAAGCAACCUGCCAACUAGUGAAAUUGUUGCCUUCAGAAGUGGCCCAGUUCUUUUUAUUUCUAAUACUGUUCAUUAUGUAAUUAAAAAAAUAAUAGAGCAUAUUGUGUCCUCUGGAUCAUUUUCUCAGUCUGUGCUUAAUGAUAGAUGAUGUGUCAGAGGUUGAUGAUACUCCAGCUACUGUGUAGUAUAAUAGUGGUGCUCACUGUGCUGGUUGGUUCAGACCAUGUCACUGUGGGGUUACUGAUGUGCAUAGUUGUGUAAUAGGAGCCAGUUUUUUUUUAAUGUAUCGUAUAAAAAAAUGAAAGUGUGUAAAGAGUGCAGGGAGUACUCUACCUACUUCCUGUUUUGUGCAAUAAGCCUCUUGGCAAUUUGUAAUUGGUUAUCCAUCUUUGUAUGCUUUACCAUGUUUGGUUAAGAUAAGAAUUUUGUGUCUUGGAGCACUGCAUGACUUGGUGCAAGUUCAUGGGGCAUUGUGAGGGUAAUUUUUUGUUGUUGUUAAAUUGGUACCUAUAUACAUUGAAUUAUGCACAUAAUCUGAUGACUUGGAUAUAUGAGUGUUGCCAUAGGAGUAAGAUUGAAAACUUUGGGAUUGUCUUGAAGUUUACUCACUAUACGAGUAAUAUUUUAGACUGAAACCAGUUUCCAGAAGUGCUUAUACAAAUUUUGUUUUGCCUCAUCGUGUAACUAUAGGAGAGAAUAGUACAAGACUUGCAAUUAAAGCAGCUUCAGUACUACAAGGUGUCUGGUUUGAGUUAAUUUUACCAAAAUUGGGGCAAAAAUUACAUGUCUUCUCUUCAGUUCUUCAGUCUUUUGUAGUUUUCAGAAUAUUAUUCCACAGUUUACAUAUUUUAGUGUAGAUAUGAUUCUGGUGUUAUUGGGAAAUCUCAAGUAGCUCAGAAUUGCUGGUUUUUUAUUUGUUUGAUAUGUUUGUAAGGAGUGGCAGAGGAAGCCAAAACCAAGACCAAUAUGAAAAAUGCAUACCUGUGCAUGUCUUGAAUCCUCUUGUACUACAGAUUGGAAAGUUCAUGAUUCUUCUCGUGUGAUUUCUACCCAGCAGCAGGAUCUUUUUGAUCUCCAUAAAUAAUAGAUUUUUAAUCAUUUACACAGCAUUGUUCUUAAAUAUAAGUGAUGGAUAAAAGUUAGUGAACUAUUUGACUGAUUGGGAUAUGCAGUUCUUCGAUAAUCAAAGCCCAAGCAACUGGGAACUGACAUGCAUUGAGACUAGAAAAUAAUGCAUUGAUAAUGGCUAGGCACUAGCCGAAAUCUGGAUUUGCCAAAUAAAACAUGCAAAAAAGGAUGAUUGAUUGCUGUGCUCUAUCAUUUAUAAAUCUCUGCUUUAGUUGGUUUCAGUUACUGAAUUUCAAUAUAGAUCAGAAUCAAUGUAAAAGGCAGUUAAAGUAAAUUGCUGUUGUGAUAUUUUCUUGGAAAUCAUGCGUCGUAUUUAGAGGCCUGCGUACGUAGAGUCAUGUCACAGUUAUUAUCCAUGGAACAUGCAAGUAAUUGUUGCAUCUGAUGUGAGAAACAGGGAUCAUAAUUGUGAAUGUGUAUAGAUCAGAAAAUGAAACCCUGAGAACUACAGUUCCUUUGUUGGCAGCUAUAGUGAAAAAGUGUAGAUAGAAAAGGACAUGUUAGGAGGGGUGCAAAGGAACUGGAAUCCUUGCACCAGUGGGGAAGGCAUAUAAGAGACAAAAAUAAGUCAUUGUUAUGUUAUCCAUGUUCUGUUUGCAGAUGUUAGAUCUUAUCUGUACAUAUCUGCAAUUAUAUCUGAAGAAACAAUGAAUGAUUUUUUAAAAAAUCUUAUCUAUACAUAUUUGAAGUUGCAUCUGAAGAAACACUGACAGUAGUUAUUUUAAAAUACUGCAUGCCAUCUUUCUGC